UACCUACUCUGUAGUGGAGAAAAAACAUCGUAACGCAAUUCACGAAAGAGGCAAGAACGGAGAGAUGAUAACAUACAGGAUUUGGUUUUGACGGAUAGCGAUAUGCCUAUAAUUUAUACAUUGAAUCGCCAUUGAGGUAUCCCUUUUCUACAACUCUUUAUCAUUUUUAUCCUCAAAUCUGUAGUCCUUCCAACAAGAUUCGAAUUUGUUCGAAUCGGAUCUGUGAAACCCAGUUGGAAAAAGAUUCGAUCUAUCCCUCAGAUGAUCCUUGUUGUUGGUGGUGUUUUCAUCAAUCAAAAUUGAGCAUUUCUAAGUUCUAUGGAGAACUGUUUACAUUGUAAAUUCAACCUAAUUGGAGUUUUGCCUUGAUUGAAGUUACUUUGGUUUAGGUCUGGUGUGUACAGCUCAAUUUGAAUUGGGGUUUUGGGGGUUAAUUGUACCCACAUUCGUAGGCCCUAGCUAAGUGGGGAUUUCUGGGAUUUGAUUCAAUGGUUGAAAUAGCGGAAUCUUCGGAAUCUGGGUCUGGGUUGUUGAACUCGACACAGGUAAAAAUUGGGUCUUUGCCAGAAGAGGACAGUAUUCACUGGCAAGUUAGCAGCUUUGGAAGUAGUGGCUCCAGGAAUACAAGCCCAUUAGGGCGUAUUGGAUCAAGAAACACAAGUCCUUCAAGGCAGAAAGUGGUUAAGACGAAACCAAGGGGAUUGGAUGAAGAGACUGUAACCACUUUUGCUAAAGCGGUUCAACCAGAUGUUCAAAUGGAAGAUAAUAUCUGGGCCAUGCUCCCAGAAGAUUUGCUGAAUGAAAUCUUAGCUAGAGUUCCACCGUUCAUGAUAUUUCGGCUCCGAUCUGUUUGUAAAAGGUGGAAUUCAAUUUUGCAAGAUCAUAGCUUUUUGAAGUUUCACUCCCAAGUGCCCUCCCAUGGACCCUGCCUUCUUACAUUUUGGAAGAAUUCACAGACCCCUCAGUGUUCGGUAUUUAGCUUGCCACUGAAACAGUGGUUUAGAAUACCAUUCACUUUCUUACCACAGUGGGCAUUUUGGCUAGUCGGGUCUUCAGGAGGUCUUGUUUGUUUCUCAGGAUUAGAUGUGUUGACAUUCAAAACUUUAGUUUGUAAUCCCUUGACACAGACUUGGAGGACAUUGCCUAGCAUGCAUUAUAAUCAGCAGAGGCAGUUGCUUAUGGUUGUUAAUAGAAAGGAUAGGUCGUUUAAAGUUAUUGCCACCAGUGAUAUUUAUGGUGACAGGUCUUUGCCAACGGAGGUAUAUGAUUCAAAGAUCGACAAAUGGUCGCUUCACCAGACAAUGCCUGCUGUAAACCUUUGUUCCUCCAAGAUGGCAUUUUGUGAUUCAAGGCUGUAUUUGGAAACUCUCUCCCCACUUGGUUUGAUGAUGUAUCGGCUGGAUACAGGGCAGUGGGAACACAUCCCUGCUAAGUUUCCACGCUCAUUGUUGGAUGGGUACCUAGUCGCUGGAACUCACAAACGCCUAUUUUUGGUUGGAAGGAUAGGGCUCUAUAGUACUCUUCAAAGUAUGAGGAUAUGGGAACUAGAUCACACAAAAGUCGUCUGGGUUGAGAUAAGCAGGAUGCCUCCAAGAUAUUUUCGUGCACUUUUAAGACUAUCUGCUGAAAGAUUUGAAUGCUUUGGACAGGAUAACCUAAUAUGUUUCACAUCUUGGAACCAAGGAAAAGGCCUUCUUUAUGAUGUCGAUAAGAAGGUGUGGUCUUGGAUUGCUGGGUGUGCUCUUCAAUCAUAUAACAGCCAAGUCUGCUUCUAUGAGCCAAGAUUUGAUGCUUCAAUAUACUAAAGUAGUGCUUAGCUUAAAUUUCCAACAUACUUUUUACCGGGACGUUAGCUAUCUUGAUGAUUCAGCAGCCUUGUUUCCUUCAAUUUCCGUACUGCCUGCCGUUCAUCAUUGAACUUUCCUCAGGCUAGAUUCUCAAGCUUAAAUUUUAUCCAUCUUAAUGACUUAAUCUAUCUGGUAAAAGUUCGAAUUCAUGUGCAAAUUCCCCUAGUUAGCUGAAGUGAGCAAUUGGAUAAGGUUUUGAUUCUGCACAUUAAUGGCUGAGGUCGUAUUCGAGAGGAAGAAGUUAAGAACAUUUCCUUGCUUGGACGAGGUUUCAUGAAGACUUGAGUGUCGGGUAUCUUCUCGAGAUGACCAUGGGGAUGGACAAUUCGGGAGUAUGGUUGUAAGAUAAGGUUUUGUUUCCAGCUUAUGUACAUUGAUCUUCUCUUUGUAAGUAAUUAGCACAUUCUUGUUGCUUUUCUUAACUGAAGUAACAAAAAAUCUCUGUGAUCUUACAUCUCAGCUCUUCUUUAUGUCACAACUACCAACAGCUGCUUUA